UUGAGUAAAAGUGAGAUGAAAGGAAAUAUUACAUUAUUAACACCUUUUGACGAUACUCUUACACUUCAUAUAAAUGCCGCAUCUUGGGGUUCAACUGGGGGUUGGAAACCAAAUGCAAUGGUUUGUAUAACAAAGAAUGCAUGCAGUCAUUUAAAAAAACUUCUAGGGAAGGUGUGGAAUACAUUAUCAGAGUCAUUACAUAACUUUCACAAUUACAACUGUCCAGUCCCAGUGGGUAAAUUUACAACAACGGGUAUUGACUUGAAAAAAUUAGAGGAGCUUAACGUUCCUAAGGUGUUUGUUUACGGAAAAUAUAAGUAUGUAUUGAAGUUUAAAAAUGAAGAAAAUAAAAUACUUGGUUGCUUUACAAUAAGGUGA